AUGCGGUCUCUUCUUCCACUUCCACCGUAUUCGGCUGAAAUGCUACAGUUACAUCAUCGUCAAAUUCAGAUGAAUUGGAUCUCGUAUUACUUGGGCAACCAUCCACGGAGGGUACUUCUCACAGUAUUUUGUGUAUUAAUUCCGCUGCUCAGCUACUUUCUGAUCUAUCCGCUGGAAAUCGAAUGUGACAUUAGACGAGGAUUCGCAAACAAGCAUGGCCAUGCCGUCGAAGAACUGACUAAAUUCUCCAACUUCUACAACAUCUCCGUCGGUGGACUUGAGAUCUGGGGAAUCUUAGCACGAAACAAAUCAACGGAUAAAGAUUUAAAAAUCAACUUGAAAUUACUCAAUGAGAUAGAUGAAUUGCAUCAAUAUGUAUGGAACUAUACGACAGAGUACAAGGGCGAAACGAUUCGGUUCAAAGAUCUCUCUUCAGAAGAUAUCAACUACGUCUUCAACUAUUAUCGGAGGUUACUUGCGAUUGAUUGGAUGCCCAGUGUGAAUCUCUCCUACCCAUUGGCAUCUGCAUUCGGACAUUCAUUUUAUUUAGGAUCUCAGUUCUUUGGAGUGAAUCGAGGAGAAGAAUCAAAGGUUGGCCCUAUCAAAACCUCUCAGUUUGUGGCACUUUGGUACAUGAGCAAAGCGGAAACCUUUGAACAGAAGCAGAAACUGCAAGCUGUCCAACUUGGAAUUUUUAAAAAAUCCGCAGAGAAACCAAAUGAUUUGCUUUUCGAUUUUGAAAUGUUUGGAGAUCAAGUGGCCAAUUCAGAAAUGCUUCGUGGAACUCUCACUACUGUAAAACUGUUUUUCAUUGGAGGAUGUCUAAUGGUUGCCUUUAUGGCUUGUACAUUUACCGAACUAACUGUAUUCUCAAAAAUAAUGUUGAUCAUAGGAGCAAUCGGAUCUCCAAUCGCAGCAACGGGUGCCUGUUUUGCAAUUCUUGGAUGGGUUGGACACCCAUUCAAUUCUAUUAUGUGUAUUACUCCAUUCCUGAUUCUUGGUAUCGGUGUUGACGAUGCCUUUUUGCUUCUGAAUUGCUGGAGACGUGAGGAAAGCAAAGAGAAAUCAGCAAAAGAAGCACAGAAUCAAUUGGCACGGGUUAUCAGAGAGAUCUCUCCAUCAAUGGCAAUCACUUCUUUAACAAAUACAUUGGCUUUCGGAGUUGGAUUCCUGGCUCCAACUCCACAAAUGAGCUCAUUCUGUCUUGGAACUGCACUGGCCAUUGUGCUAGAUUUCUUAUUGGAAUUUUUGAUUUUUGUGCCUUGCAUGGUUUUAUUUUACGAGAAGAAACCAAAAUCUGAAGUGAAGAAUGAGAAACGAAUCGAGGCCGAGAACAAAGUCGAUCUUCAAGAAGCAUCGAUUUCAACGGCAACAUUUAACUGGAGAAGUUUCACUGGAUUGCUACUUUCAGUUCCUGGAAGAUUUCUUGUCAUCUUUCUCUAUCUAUCUAUUUUCACGGCAACUUAUCUUGGAGUGACUCGCAUGGAAUCCACAUUUGACCCAUCGAAAACGUUCCCAUCUGAUUCUAAACUCGUCGAUUCUUUGGCUAGUUUCACAUCGAUUCAAGAAGAGUACUCUCCACUCAAUUUCCUCUCCAACGUCCCUGAUCUACAGAAUGAUACCGAUGUGGCGAUUUUCGAAGAAAUGAUUCACAGAUUAGAGAAUCGGGAGGGAUGUUAUGGAAAUACGGCAUCACAUAAUAUCUACAGAGACUAUAAGGAAUACUUGAAUUAUACGAAAUCAGAAGAGAAGAACUAUAAUCAAUUGGAAAAGUUUUUGAAAGGAAGAGUGAUGGACGAUGGAGGAACUAUCAAAUGGCAUAAGGAAGGAAACGAUACAGUGAUCGAUUUGAUCAAUUUUGUUGUGGUAUGCCAGGGACGUUCAAGUUGGUCUGAAAGAGCUGUAAAUGUUGAAAAAACUCGACAGAUUCUGGUUGAUUAUCCACAGUAUAACAUCACACUUUUCGACUACGAUGGAACGAUUUACGACUUGAUUAUUACAGUGAAGGGAGAACUGGUCAAAUCAUUGGCAAUCACUUUCACUUGUAUGACAAUUGCUUGUUUUGUUAUUAUGCCUUCUUUUGUGGCACCAACUAUUGCUUCAGUGGCCACUGUUUCCAUCUCUUUCUGUCUCAUUGGAUUUCUCUCAAUCUGGGGACAAAACCUCGAUCCUGUCACAAUGAUUGACGUCAUCAUGGCCAUCGGAUUUUCUGUGGACUACAGCGCACACGUUUGCUACCAUUACUAUUGUGCCAGAGAGCAGAACUUGGGGUCGAAGCAAGAAGUGAUCACACAAGUAUUGCAAGCUGUUGGAAGACCAGUUAUUGAAGCAUCUCUGACUACGUUGCUAUGCAUGGCUCCGUUGUUUGUAGUUCCAGUUUAUAUGAUUCAAUCGUUUGCGAAAACGGUAACUCUGGUGACGACAUUUGGAUUGUUACAUGGAUUAUUCUUCCUCCCCGUUGUUUUAUAUUUUAUACCUCUGAAUACUCCAAAACAUUCCCUUCCAACAUUCACUCCAAGUACUCAGCCAUUAGUAGCUCUGGAAGAGGAUGAAAAAUAA